AUGACAACUGUAUUGACCAGAGAGUAUCUUGAUUCUCGACCUGGUGGUUGGAUGGAUUACACUCCACAAAGGAUAGCACCGGGGACAAAGAAGUGCACCAACAAGACUCUUUGUGAAGAGAACCUCAAUGUGUUGAUACCUGCAAAGCUCCCAUUUCACCCACGGCAGUUCCGAACUUGUGCUGUUGUUGGGAAUUCUGGGGAUCUUCUGAAGACUACAUUCGGGAAAGAAAUUGAUAGCCAUGAUGCUGUUAUUCAGGAUAAUGAGGCCCCUGUUAAUGAGAUUUGGCAUACAAAACAUCACUAUGGAACAAAGGACCCAAAGGAUGUCUUCAAAGGGCCCAAAGGACUACCCUCAAUUCGCACUCAUGAACAUGGGAUUACACUUAAACUCGGUCAAGAACCGAUUGACACAAGACCUUAUCGUUAUCCUUAUCAUCACAAAAAUGAGAAUGAAAGGCAGGUUCAUGAGUUGAUGGAGGAUGUGAACAUCUGGUAUAGAUAG